AUGAAGCCCAGCCUCCGCGAAGCUAUAGACUUGCUAUACAGGGAAGCAACCACAGCCACCACUGAGUGCUACACGCGCCUUCUCCUUGAUUGCAUCCGCAACCGAGAUGCCCACCAAGCGAAGAGGCUCCAAGCCCACAUGGAAUAUCUAAUGUAUUCACCCACUACAACAUUCUUCCACAACCGCCUCCUACAUCUAUAUGUCCAGUCGGGUUGGCUUUCAGACGCCCGUAAUCUGUUUGAUAAAAUGUCCAAAAGAGAUAUCUUUUCGUACAAUGUGAUGCUAUCGGGUUAUUCUAAAGUGGAUUCUGUUGAAGAUUUGAAGGAAUUAUUUGGCUCAAUGCCUUUUCGUGAUUCAGUUUCGUAUAAUAUUGUGAUUGCGGGAUUGGGGUCUAAUGGGUGUGAAAAGAAGGCUUUGGAAUUCUUCGUGAAAAUGCAGAGGGAAAGAGUUGUGCCAACAGAGUACACUUAUGUGCAAUUUGUUUUUGAACAUGAUGCUUAUAUGAAGAUAGACGUUAAAGAUGACAAUAGGUUGAGGCAUGCUGAUAUUAGAAAGAAAUAUUUCAAGCUUACCCAUUUUGCAGAGGUAUUCACCACUCACACUGGAUGGUCCAGAUAUACAAAUUGUGACCUCCAAAGAACAGAAUCGGUGGGAAGACAGAAAUCUAAAUUGAAAGCAAGUUCAAUGAGAAGUGGAAUGCUAAAGAAUUGGCAUUAA